GCGGUGCGACACCGCGGCGCGCGUCGCGAGCUCGAGCUCGUUCGCGGCGUCUCCGCACGCGUUGAAGAUGCCGCGGAGAUCGUUCGUCGCCACGGAGACGGGCUGCUGCGCGUUCACGCUCAUCGCGUUAUUCGUCGAAGACGCGGCGGAUCCUCCUCCUCCUCCUCCUCCGGGGGAGGCGCUCCCUCCGCUGAGUCGUCCUCCUCCCAGGCCCAGGCCCAGGCCGCCGCGAGGGGAGGGAGACGCGUGCCGCGGGGUCCCGCCGUGCCGCGGCGUCGACCGCGCGGACGGCGGCGCGGUGGUCGUCUUCAGCGGGCCGAGCGCGUCCGGGGGAUCGACCACCGCCGCGUCGCCUCCUCGGACCGCUCCAGCUGUGCGCCGCUCGCGCUCGUCGCGCUCGCCGCUCGCGCGCGGCGACGACGACGGUGCCGCGUCCACCUCGACGUCCACGUCGCCGAGGCUCAGGACGCCGUCCGACGUCGCCGCCUUCGUCGGCGACAACGCGGGAGACAUGACGGACGGCGACGGACGGGGAAGGAGGGGCUCGCCUCGCGGACGGAACGGCACGCCGCUCGCCGCCGCGCGAUCGAUCGUACGAUCGACCUGCGCUACGACGACCGGACGCCUCCUCGGCGGGUCGGCAACUUACGCGCGGACUCCCAUCGAGUCGAUCGACGCCUCCGUCGCGGUCUCACGACGACGUCCGAUACGACAGCGCGGCGGUCUGAGCGCGCGCGUCGUGCGUCGCGCCCGCGUGUGA